CGCCCGUGGAUCCUCCCUCCAUUCUUGGGUCAGUUUGAAAGGUGAAGGGACCUCAUGACAUCGGCCACUGACAAGGCGCCUGUCCACAUGCCCCUCGCGCUGCACCUGGCUGCUGUCGUGCCUGCCAGCGUUCUCGGCGCCAUUGUCCUCGCCACCAAGAAAGGCACCAAGCGACACGUCCUCCUCGGCCGCGUCUGGACUGCCUCCAUGGUCGCCACGUGCCUCACGAGCUUUGGCGUCACGGAGCUCUUGCCCAGCGGCAGCUUUAGCCCGGUCCACGCGCUCAGUGUCUUGACGCUGGCGUCGCUGGGAAAAGGCAUUCAGGCGAUCCGGCAGCGCAACGUCAAGCUGCACAAGAAGUGUAUGCUGGGGUCGAUGUUUGGGCUCGUGGCCGCUGGCGUGGCGACGUUGCUGCCAGAGCGACGCAUCAAUGCGUGGGUCAUGCAGGGCAAGGAGCCGUGGCUGCAGCAUAUCGAAGCGAGACGCUAAGGAAUACACCUUGUGCUGACCAUCAACUCGUCUAAAAACUGGUCAUGGACCUGCUCUUGGCGAGUUUCAUCUGUCGACACGUGCACGCUUCAAGCUCUACCGACUCGAGCAAGCA